AUGUCCGAACGAGGUUCAUUCCGAGGUCGUGGUGGUGGUGGUGGUCGCGGCGGUGGCCGUCAGCCCCAGCAGAAAAGUGGCGCUAGUGGCGGUGCACAGGAGAAGCCCAAGAAGGAAAACAUCCUCGAUCUCAACAAAUAUAUGGACAAGGAGGUCCAGGUCAAGUUUAAUGGUGGUCGUGAAGUAACUGGAACUCUCAAGGGUUAUGAUCAGCUCAUGAAUCUUGUCCUCGACGAUGUCAAGGAAUCCAUGCGUGAUGAUGAGGGUAACCAGACGACUCGCCCGUUGGGUUUGAUCGUUGCUCGUGGUACACUCAUCGUGCUCAUCUCGCCUGCGGAUGGAAGCGAGGAAAUCCCCAAUCCGUUUGUGCAGCCCGAGGAGUAA